CCUCUCUGCAUCACAGCUCGCCAGACUGUUCUGUUCCUCAAGGACACAGCUUGGAGGCUGCUUUAACUGGUAUUUUGAUGUGUCAUUUGCCAGCUUGUACGUCUUAGAUGCCUUGAGUUUGUGCUGUAUUGCUUUAGUCAGACCGCUUAAGGACUCCAGGGUAGUCUAGUUAAUACAGACAGCAGUGUUGAAAGUUUUCAUGUUAUAGAAAGGUUCAAUAUUUGUCAGAUUUCACAUUUCUCUAGAUUGUGAGUACAGAGUGGUUAUAAGGAUGAGGUGCGUCACAGUUGUGCUGUGUUGCACUGUUCUGCUAAUGCAGCUGAUUAUGACCAGCUCACAAACUGCAGAGGAUUCAGCCAUUAGUGACUGUUCUCAGCUUGAUUCAUGUGAUCGAUGCACAAGUGGAGACCCUGCCCUCAAUCUGACACGCUGUAUUUGGAGAAGCUGUGACAAUGAUAAUAACACAAGAUGCAUAUCCGACACAGAAGACUCUGGAGACUGCGCCGUGUACAAUGACACAAACUCCUGCCCAUUUCGUGAGAGUUUUGAUGAUGGUGGGCCAGAUGACUCUUCUUCAGGCUCGGCACCAGAGCUGUCCCAGGCAUCAUUUGACCUGUCCAGCUUCAUAGGUGGGAUCAUACUUGUGUUGUCACUCCAAGCAGGGGCCUUCUUUGCUCUGCGCUUCCUCAAGACAAAAGACAGCACCUAUGAGACCAUUGACCAACCCCAGUGAGGAGGACAAACAGCAAGGAAAAGAAAAAACAAAUAUAGAAGAAUGGAACAGCAAGAAAUGAGCAGAACAGAUGAGGCAGCUGGGAAUCUGGGGCAAAAGUUGAGAGAGCACAGUGUUGUGCUCUUUUUAAGGCCCUCACCUAUUUGUUGGGGGGUGGGGGUUGUUUGUUUGUUUUGUUUUGUUUUGUUUUGUUUUUGUAUUUCCAUAUAUUGGCAGAUAUACUUGUUUGGAAACCCGUAUUAAUCAGAUCACCAUUUCAUGUCUUCUGUCCUAGAGGGUUCUCCAGUCUGUUUGAACUGAUUUGUCAAAUGUUAUCUUUUUUUGAGUGAUUUUUUUUUCUUUCAGCUCUGUUGUUGGUUUUAAGGUCGAUAAUUAUCAGUAAAUUAAAUCAGUACAUCAUCAAUAUUAUAUUAUAUAUAAUACAUAAAUUAAUACAUAAUAAAUUAAGUAUAGUUGUGUUUGACAUUUAAUAGAAAUGUGGUUUAGUUGCCUAUAAAAGUAUAAAUCUUUCAUUUACUGGUACACUCUUUAUAUUAUUAUUAUUUUUUAAAGUUACUCAGAGAUAUUUACAUUCACCCCCCAUUUUCAUUUAUUUAUCCAGCAAUACAUUAUUGCUUAGUAAAUAAAUGAAGUAGUUUACCUUAGGAUGCAAGUACCCAAUAUAACCUGUAGGGGGCAAUAUAGCAACACGCAUGAGUCCACCAUUCCUGACAGUCACUACCCGAUCCGUGUCUCCUGCCCUAUUGGCACGUUUUGUUAUGGUUUACGAGGCCGGAUCAUGUGUCAUUUCACGACAUUUUGUGACAUUUAAUUAUAGUAACACUAUUAGGAAUAGCAUCAAAUAUUCUACAUCAAAUGCUCUUUCAGUAACUGUAAUGUUUUAUUGCUUUGAAACUCAAUAA